AUCGAAAGUUGCCCGCCCGGGACGAGGGCAGCCCCUCGCUUAUGCCACUGGUUCGAGUCCCGUCAGGUCGACGGGCGAGGAGGCGAAAAAGAGCGAGGCUCCGGCUGCGCCAGACGUGUGAACGUCACCCCUCGUCUCCGGUGGGGCAAGGGAGGGGACGGGGGGGCUUCCCCCUCGGAGCAGCCAGAGCGAUUGAUUUAUUGCGAGGCGAUGGACGGCGGUGAGUGACACGCCGGGAGUCGGCGGCCAGAGCAGAACCCGGGCCAACGCCAACGCCGCUGCCUCGCUCUUUUUUUCUUUUUUUUAAAGGGGUGGAAAGAGGGCGGUAAAAAAAGAGACUGUGGACAGAGAAACCGGCGGGUGUCCUGCCAUUCCCCCCCCCAACCGCGACAGCCUCCCAAAGGGAAAAAGGAAAGGUACGCCAACGAUCCUCGCUGCCCGAAGGGAAGGUUUUCUUCCGAAAGGUCAUGUGAAUAGCAGACUUGUACAAAUAUUAUUACUUUUGUCCUCACGUCGCCGGUGAAGAUGGAUUUCCUAGGCGGGGUCGCGCAGCAUAAACGCAUCACGCUCAUUAUAUUCCUGGAGUAUAUUAUUUCUGGCCAACUUGGAGCAGGUUCAGUGAAGCUACGUGCGUUCCGUUGUGAUGAGCACGCCUGCAAUCCUGCUGUGGGGAAUCUGGCGACAGGCAGAACACCAAUCACACUGACCACCUGUGGGCAGAACAGCACUGAAUUGUACUGUUUUUACCCUGACCACCGCCUCUUCCACCAGGCCUCCCACAGUUGUGGACAGCCCAGGUGCACCAAGUGUAAUGCCAACCAGCCUGAUAAUUCGCAUCUCCCCUUGGCCAUGACAGAUGACUUCUUCGUAAACCCAGCAUCCUGGUGGCAAUCUGCGCAAGGGGUACACCGAGAGGAAAUCAGGCUGGAUUUCGAAACAGAGUUCUACCUGACCCAUGUCAUUGUGGUGUUCAAGUCUCCUCGGCCAGCAGCCAUGGUGCUGGAGAGGUCCCAGGACUAUGGUCAGACCUGGAGGCCCUAUAAAUAUUUCUCUGUCAACUGUAUGGCCACUUUUGGUCUCCCAGACGAUGCCACGAAGGAGGGAUCUCUGUGUACGUCCAGGUAUUCAGAUGUGGUGCCUUGCACCAGGGGAGAGGUGAUUUUUCGUGCCUUAACUCCUGCUAAUAAGAUUGAAGACCCCUAUAGUCUAGAAGCACAAGACCUCCUGAAGCUCACCAAUUUACGGCUCUUGCUAUUAAAGAGACAAGAGUGUCCUUGCCAAAACUCAGGGUGGCCCGAAAAACCCCACCGGUUCGCCCACUAUGCCAUCUAUGACCUCAUUGUCCGUGGCAGCUGCUUUUGCAAUGGCCAUGCUGAAGAAUGCCAACAUGCCAAUGGAACAGGUGCCGAUAAUGUGGUCCAUGGGAAGUGCGUGUGCAGACACAACACUGCCGGAGACCAUUGUGAGAGGUGUGCGCCAUUAUACAAUGACCAGCCAUGGGAGCCUGGCGAUGGAAAAACGGGGGCACCGAAUGAAUGCAGAAAGUGUCGCUGCCACAGUCAUGCGGAGAGCUGCCAUUUUGACCUGGGUGUUUGGCUGGCAUCUGGAAAGCGGACCGGAGGUGUCUGCGACAACUGCAAGCACAACACAGAGGGUUACCGGUGUCAGCGGUGCAAGCCUGGUUUUUACAGGGACAGAGGAAAACCCAUGUCUUCCCCAGAGAUUUGUAAACCCUGCUCCUGCCAUCCUAUGGGCUCAGUCAACAUCACCCUGAACCCGAAUUGGAAAUGCCAUCCAAAGACAGGAUUCUGCUAUUGCAAGCCAGGUGUUGCAGGCCCCCAGUGUGACAGAUGCCUCUUGGGGUAUUGGGGCUUUGGGGAAAAUGGAUGCCAGCCUUGUGACUGUGCUAGAGACUGUGACAAGCAUACGGGAGAAUGUUUGAAUAGUUUUGACAGUCAAGCUUUUUUCAAUAUUCCUAUUGGUGGGAGAAUCCCUGACCUCAUUCAUACACCAGCCAAUGGCAGUGAAGAUGACUGGCAAUGGAAUAACAAUGAACAGGGGUUUUCUGCUCUAAGACAUCCAGAAAAGUGUGUGUGCAAGGAAAGGAUACUAGGAAGUGUCAGCAGUUUCUGCCAGAUGAAAUACGCUUACGUGAUAAAAGCAAAGAUCCUCUCCGCUCAUGACAAAGGAACCCAUGCAGAAGUCAUUGUGAAGGUAAAGAAGAUUCUGAAGUCGGGCAGAGUGAAAAUCAGCAGGAGUAACAGAAGCAUCUAUCCAGAGUCCUGGACUAACAGGGGGUGUACGUGCCCUAUCCUUAACCCUGGUGUGGACUAUCUGAUAGCAGGACAAGAGGACACGCGGACCAAUAAACUCCUUGUGAAUAUGAACAGCCUGGUGAAGCCCUGGAAAGCUCAUUGGGGGAAAAUCGUAGCUGACAUGCUUCGAACUGGAUGCAAAUAAUACUUUCGUUCAAAGUGGAAGUCAUGAACUUUACACAUCUUAGUACUAUUGCAGUGGAAGGCCUAGUUAGUUCUCUUACUGUCCAUCAAGACAUUCCCAGCUAAAAAGCAUUUAAAAGCAGAUUCACGUUGACCCCUCCUGUUAUGUGUUUUAGACAGGAAUCUGAUGCUGCCCUUUCUUCUCAAACAGCAACCUACCGCCAUUCAUAAACAUACUAAAAAAAAACCAUCAGUAUUUAAUGAACGUUACAUGCCAUUGCCUUCAUGGUUAUCCAGAGCUUAUAUACAUACAUAUUCUGGCUAAUGCCAGUUUCACAAGUAAUAUUACCAGUUUGCUGCUUUUAUGAACCAGCCUAAUGUACUACUAAUGCAUCGACAUAUAGCCUUUGCACUAAACGGACCCAGUUCUGUGAGGCUGUUUUCUGGAAGGGCCCAUCAGGGACAAAACACUACAGAGCUGUAACCUGCUCACUCACGUUGGCCCACCGUAUGACUUUUGCUUACCAUGGCCACACUUUCUCCUUUAAAGGUAGCUGUGCAGACACAGUGAAAAUAAUGUUUAGAGCCUUUUGGAUCCAUAGUGUUAUCUGCCCUGUUGACGUUUGCAUUGGAAGAGGAAGGAUCUAUAGAUGUAUGUUUUCUGUGUUCAUAAUUAACUGUAAAACAGGCAGAGCCUGUGAGAAGGGAUGGGAGACUGACAAGGUGCUCAGGACUUAGUUCGCCAUGGAUUUUGUGAAGAGGUGGGCAUGGCUAGGAUCCAAUCCUGCAGGCAGGAAUCUCCACGGACUUCUUCUUCUUUUUCUAUAGACCCUGUGGGGGAAAGGAGUGGCUGGAGACCUAGAAAUUACAAGUAAAUCAACACUUUGUAAUGGGUGGGGGCAUUGUUAUUAAUAUCAGGGCAUGUCUUCUGUGGAGCUCAAUUGUCUCAAGGUAUGCACUACCGAGACAAUACUUCUGAUUGUACACGUUUGCUUGCUUGCCGUUAUCAACGAUCUUCUCCCAGUCUGCCCUGCCACUAGUAUCCAUUGCACCACCAGACUUCAGGAGGAAUGCUGCCACCAGUGGCUGGUGCUGCAGCUCAGUAGUAGAGCAAAUGCUCUGCACAGGGAAGGUCCAAGGCUUAAUUCCUAUCUGUCUCCAGUUAAUGCUGGAAAAGCAUUGACCAGAAACCCUGGUGAGCUACUGCCAGGCAGUGCCAGACAAUAUUGGUUAGGUGGCCUGACUCAGUAUAAGUAAGCUUCCUCUCUGUUCCUAGAAUUAGGGGGGCAUUGUACAUUUUAAAAAAUUUCUUUGAUAAACAAGCCAUCAGCCUGCCAUUCUGUGUAUCGCAGCACAAUGCAUCCCAGAAACUGGCUUGAUUUUGGGUUUGCUGGUUGCAACAAAAUAUUUGUAAGACAGUGACGGAGCUGCUCAUUCAAAAGAAAUACUACCUCCAGGACCAGCCACGUGGUUAUUCUAAGCUAUUCUUUCCAAGCAGUAUCUGAUUCUUAGUCUUUGUUCUGCAAAUAUUUCAUGUAAAAAUAUUCAUAUUGCCAUUUUCUGGGUGGUAGCUGCUUGUUGUCACUUGCUUGCUUGCUUGCUCCAAACGUACGUAGUUCACCUCAUGUUGGGCUUCUCCGAGAGCUCAAGAUAAGGCCAGAAAGUGUUUCUUGCUGGAAAUUAAUGCUGAUGGUUGGCAAAGAUUCUGUUCAACGGAGGGCCAUGAAGAGGUCCGAAGUGUUAAACUUUAAAAAAAGGUUAUACUUUGUUCUAUCGAUUUGUGCUCUUUGAAGUGAUACAGGUGAGCACUGAGCAAACAUUCCCAUUCCUGACUGAGAAGAUGGUGGAUAUUACGGAACUGUCUGACCAAAACACUGUGCUCCAGAAAGUUAGGAAGGGUGUCAUUUGUGGUUCCUUAUCAACUAGUUGGGCUCUACUGACUUAGUUAUAUGAUGUACAGCAUAUGGAUAGCUGUGGUCCAAAUAUUCCUGUUUCUGUCUUCCUCGCCUGACCCAACUUUUCUAAAUCUGACAAGUCUGGUACAGUGGUGUAAAAAGGCUGUGACUAUAUUGGGAGAGGCUCAAGCAGUGAGGCAACAAGCUUUCACCUGAACUUGUUGCAGGUUUUCCACCAAUGGCUUGAGCUUUGUGGCCCAUUCCCACUUGUGUACCAUAAUUUGCCCACAUUUUUAUUCAUUCUGGGCACAUUUAUUUCUUCUUUUCCUUGAAGCACUAGCUUGAUUCUAAUGAGCAAACCAUGUAGAACAUUUUUACUGCAGUGUUGCAGCAAAGUUGAUGUGUCUACACGCAGUUGUGAGUAAAUGGUUUGAAUGAGUGGCUGUCCACAGAAACCAUAACAUUUGAGAGCACCAUCCUUUAAAGGACUAUGACACUUGAAUCAUACUUUGUUUUCACUAUUAAUAAAAAAAAAUACCAUCCCUUAAAAAAGGGAGGUGGGAGAAAAUACAGUUAGCAUUUGUCAGCACUCACCAAGACAUAGUAGAUGUUGACCAAACUGACUUCAUAGAAGUUCCUGUUCUGUGUCAAAUAUUCAUUAAAAGCACAUUUUUCCUCCUUUGGGGGAAUAGAAUAGGCAUUGUUUAUGUAUUAACUGUCCUAAAUAAUUCUGAUGGAUGUGAAGACUGUAAUCCAGAAACUGAACAAGUGGAGUCCAGUCCAGACAGUUGUCCAUUGCAGGCCUAGAUGUGUGCCAGGCACCAAACAAAAGAUGAAAGCCACUUGCACACUUGCCCUUAUUUUUAGAGAUUUUUGCAAGAGGAUUUUGGCAUAUGGCAUUUGUUCUGUAUGCCACAGAAAAACGAAUGAAUCCACCUUCAGCUAAAAACAUAAGAGCUAUAAACUAAGGGAACAAAGUGCCUGGUGCCAAAUUCAGAUAACCCAUAUAUAAGUCAUGGCAUUUUUCAUAUUAUCGGUCUUGUCUUUUAUGUAGGAUCUGACAUGCACUUCAGGUAAUCUAUGAGCAGACGACAUUUCUUCCAGCAGCUCAGUUUCCAUUAAAAUGCUAAAGUCUAUUCAAGUACAUUACUGUAAACGCUACAUUUAUAUUAUAUUGUCUGAAUGUGA